UAUUCAAAUGCCUCAAACAAGGCAGUUCCCAGAGGAGAUGCUGGGUAGAAAAGGCUGUCCCUGAAACACUUUGGCUGGAUUCCUUCUCUGUGCAGCUUCGCCUCGGACCUCACCUGGGCUGGUGCCUUCCAGCCACAGGUAGCAGGGCAGGUUGUAAAGUCAGAGGGCGCUUCACGUACCUGUUGCCAGCAAUACCUUUGCAGCUGUUGGAAAAACAGGAGUUCCUGCUGUUGGAGGAGCAAGCAGGAGCAGGUGUUGUCAAGAUGCCAAGCAUAUUUGCCUACCAGAGUGCUGAGGUUGACUGGUGCGAGGAGAAUUUUAAGCAUUCGGAGUACAUCGCUGAAUACUACAACACGAUCAGCAAUAUCCCAUUUUUCAUCUUCCCUCCAGUGAUGUUGUGGUUGAAUACUCAGUACACCAGUUACCGGUCUGCGCCUCUUCGAUGCCUUGUUAUCAUGGAGAUGCUUAUAGGUGUCUUCUCCAUGUAUUUCCAUUCAACCCUCAGCUAUGCUGGGCAGAUGCUAGAUGAGCUGUCCAUCCUGUGGACGUUGAGCAUGUGCUAUGUUUUAUGGCUUCCAUCACAUCAUCUUCCACGUUUCAUCAAGAACAGGGAACAAUUCAACUGGAUAGUAGCCAUUGUAACGGUUUUCAGCACCCUGAUGUCCUUUCUGAAGCCAGCACUGAAUGCUUAUGUACUGAAUACUUUCGUAUUGCACUUCUUCUAUAUGAUGUUCCAGGAAGUGAAAACGAAUCACAAUCAUUUCCCCUCCAUUCAACGAACUGUUGUGAUGGCGACAGGGUGGUGGACAAUUGCCAUCGUCUGCUGGAUUGUGGACAGGUUUCUUUGUGAGUUCUGCCACAAGAUCAACUUCAGAUACUUACACAGCUUGUGGCACAUCUUUAUCCUCAUAGCCAUCCAUCACGCUGUGACCCUCAUCACAUUCUGUGAUGUUUUCUAUGACUUGUCGUGCAGUGAACCCAAGGUGGUCUACUGGCCCAGGAACUUUGGUCCAUUGGCGCUGCCGUACGUGGUGUUCCAGAGAUCAAAUAAAUCGUAUUAG